AUGAUGUCAGCAGUGGUGUUGUCCUCCAGCGGAAGCAAUGCCAGCAGCUCCUCUCGGAAAUCUUUGCCAUCAAAGAAUCUGACAAAAACGCACAACUGUGAGAUAUCCGUAUUGUCCGUGGACUCAUCAAUGGCCAACGAAAUGUAUGUGGCUUCCUUGAUCCCUUCAAUGACAACUUGCUGGACAUGCUCUGCCAAGACGUGUACACGACGCGUGGCAGUUGAAGCAGAGAGAGAUAUAGCAUUCGGUCAUUCGGUGCACACUUGCACUGUACUGAAAUCCCUGUACCGAAACGGUCCGAAAUUUUUCGCCUGCACUCAGUGUGGAAAGAGUUUCACAUGUAAAUCACAUCUUAAUCGUCACCUGAGGGUUCAUACUGGAGAGAAACCAUUCACUUGCGAUCAGUGCGGGAAGAGUUUCACACAAUCAUCAAACCUUAAGAAUCACAUGAACAUCCACGCUGCAGAGAAGCAGCACGCAUGUGAUCAGUGCGGUAAAAUGUUUUUAUGGGCUUCACUUCUGAAGAAACACUUGAAAGUUCAUGCAAAGAAGAAGCCACAUUCAUGUAAUUUGUGUGGUAAGAGUUUUUUGCAUCUACAAAGUUUGAAAGAACAUCAGAAAAUACAUAGUGGUGUGAGAGAGUACAUGUGCUCUGAGUGUGAGAAGACUUUUAGUUCAGUGAGCAGUUUAAAACUACAUGAGAAGAUCCACACUGGAGAGAAACCUUACAAGUGUUCACACUGUGACAAGAGUUUCAAUGUCUCAUCAACUCUGAAAACACAUGAGAGGAUCCACACUGGAGAGAAACCUUACAAGUGUUCACACUGUGACUGGAGAUUCAGUCAAUCAUCAAAUCUGAUAACACAUGAGAGGAUCCACACUGGAGAGAAACCUUACAUGUGUUCACACUGUGACAAGAGAUUCAGUCAGUCAGUAGAUCUGAAAAAUCAUGAGAGGAUCCACACUGGAGAGAAACCGUAUGAGUGCUCACACUGUGAAAAGAGAUUCAGUCACUCAUCAAAUCUGAAAACACAUGAGAGGAUCCACACUGGAGAGAAACCUUACAAGUGUUCACACUGUGACAAGAGAUUCAGUCAGUCAGAAGGUCUGAAAAAACAUGAGAGGAUUCACACUGGAGAGAAACCUUACAAGUGUUCACACUGUGACAAGAGAUUCAGUGUGUCAUCGAGUCUGAAAAAACAUGAGAGGAUCCACACUGGAGAGAAACCUUACAAGUGUUCACACUGUGACAAGAGAUUCAGUCUGUUAACAAAUCUGAAAACACAUGAGAGGAUUCACACUGGAGAGAAAGCACAUAAAAAGCACAAAAACCAAUCAAAGUAAGGCCCCUUACACGCGGAAACACAUUUAGCUGUAUAUGUAAAUAUUUUGUAUGGUAUAUGUGUUUCGUCCAGACGGAUCCAGCAUUUGGGGGAGUGAAAACGCUAUUAUUUUUAAAACCAGGUCCCAGAGUGGAUAAAUCUGAAAAUGACACCUUUGGGGUUUUGUGUUCUGCCAAUCCAUAUAUUUUGUAAAACAAUGAUGUCAUCACCCCACGUCUUGACCAUAGUCAGACACCGCUACGUAAUUUAACACCAACAGCAAUGGAGGACUAUAUGUUUGUGUUCAUGCUGCAGAAGCUACUGAGCCUGUUAGCUUGACUAAACUUACUAGUAGAGCUGAACGAUAUUGGGGGAAAAAAUCACAUCGUGAUCAUUUUUCUCAGCGAUGUAUAUCGUGAUAUGGAAAAAAAAAAAUCACCAGAUGACUUGAACAGCUCUAUUUGGAAAGAAAUAAAAA